UUAACAUUGGUCUUACAGUCCAAAAACUCAAAAAAACCUCAACUCAAAACAAAAUGUUCAAACUGAUCGUUACUUUGUCUGCACUCUGCGCCGUUGCCUCCGCCGGCUACAUUGGUGGCUACGGACUCGGCGGUCUUAGCGGUCAUGGUGGUCUAGGCUAUGGUUUGGGUUAUAGCGGCUACAGUGGCAUUGUUGCACCAGCUUACCAUGCACCCGCCAUUGUGGCACCCGCACCAAUUGUGAAGACCUACAGCGCGCCCAUCGUCGCCGCUCCAGUGGUGAAGACCAUCGCGCCAUUGGCCACCUCAUAUGCCAACACCUACAAAGUGGCCACCAAGGCUAUUCCAGUAGUGCAUGCCGCCCCUGCUCUGGUGCACGCUGCUCCAGCUGUUUAUGCCGCACCCGCCUAUCAAACUUCCUCCACCUACCACGGUUCCUUGGGCGGUUACGGCUUGAACUACGGAUAUGGUCAUGGUCUAUUGCAUUAAAUGUAAAUCAAAGCAGUGAUAUGGAUUAAGGCGAACCGAUAUGAAAAAGGCAAAUGAGCUUCCAGUCAAAAUGCAAUUGAAAUUUGUUAAAGAUAUAGGUAUAAUGAUCGCUAAGUGAUCGAAGCGUCGUACAUAGUAAUAGUUAAACAUUCCACGAAACAAUGUUAUCCUUCAUAAAAUCCUUGUCAUCGCGAAUGAGCGCACAGACUAUUCAUAUCACGAAGAUGGCGGCGACAUAAACAAUUGAUUAUUCGAGUGAGUGAGCAGAUGGGAGAUCAGAAACUUUGACUAAGUGCCUGUUUUUGUGUUGUCGAGUUCGAGUCUAAUUUUUUAAGUAUUUUUUAAUAAAUUUAUACAACGAA